GAGGGGACGGCCAAAGAGCGGGUAGGAGGGCUGGAGAGAGCCAGAGAGAAAGAGGAGGAGAGAGGGAAGGAAGAAGGGUGGAGAGGAGAAGCAGAGCCGAGGACUAGGAGCAGAGGAAGGCGCACAGGCCGCAGCGGGAGCAGCGGGCUCGGGGCCGGGCCGCCCCCCCGCGAGCAAGGCGCAGCCAUUCCGCUGCUCGGGGCGCCGCCGCCGCCGCCACCGCGUCCGGGGGCCAUGCUCCCUCCACCCCCGCGCCAGCCGCCGCCCCAGGCGCGCGCGGCCCGCGGAUCCCUGCGCCUGCAGCGGGCCUUCCUGCGCGGCCCGUUGGGCGUGCUGCGUCUGUUGCAGCUGCUGGCGGGAGCCGCCUUCUGGAUCACCAUCGCUACCAGCAAGUACCAGGGCCCAGUGCACUUCGCGCUCUUCGUGUCGGUGCUCUUCUGGCUGCUCACCCUGGGGCUCUACUUCAUCACGCUGCUGGGCAAGCAGGAGCUGGUGCCCGUGCUGGGCUCGCGCUGGCUCGUGGUCAACGUGGCACACGACCUGUUGGCCGCUGCCCUCUACGGGGCCGCGACGGGCAUCAUGAUCGACCAGACACAGCGACACAGCUACUGCAACCUCAAGAGCUACCGGCUGCCUUGCGCCUACCAUGCCUUCCUAGCGGCCUCCGUCUGCGGCGGCCUCUGCCUUGGCCUCUACCUGCUCUCGGCGCUCUACGGCUGCUGCCGUCGCUACCAGGGCAAGGAGGAGGUGGUGUGAGGCCACUCGCUCCACUGCGGCCCAGAUCGGUGCGGGGAUCCCUCCCGAGCCCUUCCUGCCGCCCCCGCCCCGUACCGGUGCGCCCCUGCACCCUCUCCCUGCCUGUGUUUCCACUGUUCGCGCCCUGGAUCCCCGACGUUCAGUUCCAGUCUGACUGCUGCACCACAGCUUAGCCCAGAUAUCAGCUUCCAGGGACCAGCGCAGCUAUCCGAGGCGCUGACACACAUACUCAGAUGGGCCGCUCCAGGAGAAGCCUGGAAGUCCCUUUCCCCAUUCCUUGUCCGGAGCUAGACGUGGACAGGCGCCGCCGCGCCGCGUAGAUCCGGCGGAGGCCCCCAAAUUGGAACCAGUCUUUGGACUGCGCCUCUGCUCCCUCCCUCCUGCCCUGCAGUCGGAAGAGCAUCCCUUCCCUGCCCCCUCUUCCAGCCUGGGGUGGUGUAGAAUGCAGUCAGGCAGUUGCAGGUGGAGCCGGGGACAAGCCUUAGCUGGUGCUGGAAUGAAUGACGUCUUUAGUUGUAGUUUGGAUCUCUCCCUGCGCAGCCCUACAUCAUCGAAGUUUUUGGGUGGGGCCAGCUACAGGAGUGGUGGAGAGCAAAGGCCCGCGGACUGUACCUUACUAAACAACGCGCGCUCACGUCUCUCCGCAUUUAUACUUGGGGUUCAUUCAGACUAGGCCAAAUGUGCUGUCACUCACCAGCUUCUGCUGCACCCUAUCCUUAAAUAUGUUUGUGUUAGGGAUCCUGCGUAACCAACGGCGAUUGUUAAGAUGAUGCCCACCCCUUCGGGGACCCAGAUCCCGCUCUGGGAACAGCCAUUUUAAGAUAAGAGCCACACUUUUCCCUCUAAAGCAGUAGGUUGCCUAGGGAACCACUCAGGUACUACCUCCAAAAGAAGACUUAGAAGGCAAACGGGCCUGCCAGUGGCGCUGUCUUCCCCUGCACAUUCAGUGUUUGGUAGCAUAAUGAGGUCUCUGAGAAUCCGCAGGUACACGCCCACACAUGGUCAUUUAGUUCACUGAACUACUACUGGGCCCGAGCCAUUCCCACCCCCAAGACUGCCCCAUGCUGUGUGGGUCCCACAGUUUGACCCAGUGAAGACUGGGAAGCUCCCCUUUCCCUGGGAGUUUCUCUAACGCGGCGGGGCACCCAAUGACAAAAGAGCUGGGUGUCCUUCACCAUCCGGAGGCCUGAGAACUGCUGGUUCUUUCUUAUCACUGGGAAAAUGAAGCUAAGGAUAUCCAGGUGGUCUCCCAGUCUGAAGGACAGUCCCUCGCAAGAGAUCCUGGCGUUGACUCUGAGCAGCUGGUGGGGUGAGCUCUCCCACCAAAUUGAGAAUUCUCUGGACCUGAGGUGGACAGCUGGUGCCACCUCUAAGGUUUCCAAGUAGCUGAGGCCUCAAAGACUCCCAGAGUGGUCAAACUGCCACAGCCCUGCCUGCUUGACUGCACUAGUCUACCUGGGGCCAGCAGAAGACCUCUGCUGCCGUGGGGCAGGUGGGGAGCAAGAAGUCUCUCCUUCUCACUGUCUGGUGAAGAACCACAGUGGGGAAGACGGAUUUCUUCCUUGAUGCUCAAGGAUUACCAGUUCUCCUACAUUACAAUUUUGGGCACCAGAUUCUGAACACUUGGGACGGAUCUUUGCCCGUCUCCAAUUCCCUAAGUGACGGGUCCCCAGUUCCAGCUUGCAUUCUUACCUGUUUGUCUUUUGUAGAUCACUAAGCUCAGGCCCAGUUCCCUCAGGAGCUCAGCCCCAGGUGACCUUGCUCCUGGUCACACCUCCUGGCCCUGCUGUGCCUUAUCUACCCAGAUGUGCCUGGAGCUCCCAGAGCUCACCAGCUCUUCCUGAUGUGCCUGGCUUCCAGCAGCUUUGUGGUCCUUCAGUCUGCUGAAUGUGAGAAGGAUGGGAGACACUGCUGCGCCACCCACCUUUCCUCAAAGGCCACAGAAUGAUCACCUGAUGUCGCCCAGAGCAUUCCAACACUGGCAGUAGUCUCCCCGGCUUACUUCUCUGACACCAGGACUGGGGCCAGGCCAAGACCACCCAGACAGCCCCCAACCAAAAGUCUGGGUCCUCUUGUGGGCCCAGGAGACACAUUCAACAGUGGGCACAAAGGCCACGCAGGGGUGAAUUUUGGUAUAGGGAGGGUGGCUAGAGGGAGGAGCCAUGCGCCUUAUCCAGUGAUGUAGUCAUGGAUACCCCAGGAUGCCUUUUGGAAUAAAGUUUGGUUUGUCUGA